AUGACUGGGGAGGUUGCCAACCGCAACAAAUUAACAUCCGACGACGGUUGGUCUUCCACGAGAACAGCAGCGGUGCGACAUCGAAGAAACACCGCAACCAUCGUGAGACGUGCGUGUGGAUGGUGGCAGAAGAAAAAGAGGAAGAAAGGUGGAGCGGGGUGGCAGAGAUCGUCGGUGUUGGCUUUGUCAAUAACUACGCAAGGCAGCAGCAGCGACUACCGCGUCGAUAGCACUCGACCGUUUGAUCUUAAGGAGGAUAACUUUCUUGAUCAUAUUCUUAUGCCAAGAAAGCAAUUCAAGAUCAUGAAUCAAAAUUUGAAUUCCUUACUAAAACUUCAAGUUGACUCAGGGAGUCAAAAUGUCGUUUCUAGGAUCGAAGUUGAUGUUUUAUUGCAAGCCCAAGAAAACCGGUUGCGAAUGGUAAUAGAGAAGAUUGAGUCCCAACAUGAAGAAUGUUUGAAGCGCCAUCUUGGAAAUUUUCAAUAUGAGGUUAAGGACCUAAGGUCAGUUGCUAAAGAACGUUAUAUUUUAUUCGUCGAAGAGGUUGUUGAGUUUUAUAAUUCUAUCAUCACUAAGGUUGAUUCGAAGAUAGAGUCUGAUUCCAAGGUGUUUGCUAAGCUAGAAGGGUUUUUGGGGAGUUUGAAGGAAUCCUUGUCAAAGCUUGAUGUUUCCCCUUCAUCUUUAAUUUCCUAG